AAAUGCAAUGUACAUUUUUGUAUUAUAGUGGCACGUCGGAGGCGAAAAGAAAGUCGGCCGAGGCGACAGCGAACAACAUUCUCGGCACACCAAACUCUCAGGCUGGAACUAGAGUAUGCCAGAGGCGAAUACGUGGCUAGAGCAAGAAGAUGUGAACUGGCAUCAGCAUUAUCAUUGAGUGAAACGCAAGUUAAAAUUUGGUUUCAAAAUCGAAGAGCGAAAGACAAAAGAAUAGAAAAGGCUCAUCUUGAUCAACAAUACAGACAUUUAGCUGCGGCGUCAGGAUUAUUUCCAUCAGUAUUAGGCGCUCCGUACUGUCCACCGCCGUGUCCUUGCUUGCCGCCGCCACCGUUGGACAAAUAAUAUAAUGUAUAAUAAGAUAAUUUUUAGACUAGUUGUAGAUAGGCCGGCCCCUUGAUAUUCUACCUACUUAAAUAAUGAAAUGAAAAUUAAAGGUGGU